AUGAUCAGCUUGGCAACACAACCCAUUCAGCAUGGGCACAGCGAAGCCAUCAGACUCUGCCAGCGAAUGGAGCCAGACGGAGUUGAGCCCGACGAGAUCACCUACGUUACCUGUGACAUGCAGUCUCUAGUGGAAGGAAGGCCCGUCCAUGACAGGAUAGUGAGAGCCGGCCUGGAGAACGGAGCGCUCGUCUCCACAGCACUCGUCAGCAUGUAUGGCAAGUGCGGGAGCCUGGACGAAGCACGGAAGAUCUUCGACGGCUCCGACUUGAGCAACCUGGUCUCGUGGAACGCAAUGAUCGUGGCGUAUGCUCAAAAUGGGGAGGGGAAGCAGGGGCUGGAGCUGUACGAGCUCAUGAACUUGGACGGCGUGGAGCCGAACGGCGUGACUUACACCGGAGUGCUGUUUGCGUGCGCACACGCGGGGCUGCUGGACGAGGCCUGGAAGCAGUUCGUGUCGCUCAAGACGGACAGGGGGAUCGAGUGGGAGGACGAGCACUUCAGCUGCAUGACGGAUAUGCUGGGCCGGCUGGGAAGGCUGGAGGAGGCCGAGGAGUUUCUCAAGAGGUUUCCACAGGCGGGUGGAGUUCCAUGGCUGUCACUGCUCAACUCGUGCCAGAUGCAUGGGGAUUUGGAGCGCGGGAAGCGGGUGUCGCAGGAGGCCAUGAAGAGGAACCCGGAGACAUCGUCGUCGUACGUGAUGCUCUCCAACAUCUACGCGGCACCAGAGGUUGCAAAGAUGAAAAGCAGGCUCGGGUUUUGGUAUUCCAGGCACUCCAAGUCGCAGGAUAUCACUUGAAAGGAUGUACGACCCUUUUCCCCGGAGUAUAAAAAGGAUUGCGAGGU